AGCAGUCAUUCUUUCGAAAGUUGUGCCAGCGAGCGGAGCUCAUGUAAAGUGAAAAGUCAAAAAUAAAAAUUCAAAUUCCUCUCUCAGAGUCGUUGUGUGAGACGUGUCCAGUAAAAUACAACUACAACUGCAUUCAUUACGCAGCGUGUCUACCAAUACCCCCCCCAACCGCGUUCUCGAGUUCAUUCACACACACAGUUCAACAUUUUAAAGUGAAAAAUUCCGCAAUUGUCGCACACACACGCACACACACACACACAUAAACAGGCAAACGAAAUAGCGAAAAAGCGAACGCCGGCUGUGUGAGCUGACUUGCCGCGGAAGGGAAGAAAAGGAAGAGCGAGAAGGAGCAAAGUAAGUUCUAGAAGCAGCAAAGAAGAGACGAAAAAAUGGUCAACGAAUCGAAGCCCACUGUGCCCAAGCCCAGCACCAAGGAGGUGGAGUGCCAGUCAUCCGACUGCGAGAACUCCUGCGCCAUGCCGGAGCAGCCGCUGGUCAUCUCCCCGAAGGGCGCUCGUGUGGGUAUCUUCAAUGCCGAGGACUUCUUGUCGCGCGCUCAGAUGAAUGAUAAAAUCAACAACAUUCUGCGCUCGCCCACCAAGCCGGCCAACGGUGUGCGCCAGCGCUCUGUCUACACCAACAAUCCAUCGCCGCAGGCCAGCAUGCGCAUUGGCAUGACGGGCGGACAGCUGUCGCAGCGCGUCAGCAACCUCUCGCUAUCCUCCGGCGGUUGCCGCAUGGAACAACUCGUCAGCGUCAGCGGCAGCGGCAGCAGCAGCAGCCUCACUGGCAGCGCCAGCGCCAGCGCCAGCGUCGGCACCAACACCACCGGCAACGGGUUGGUCAACGAUCCAGCCUUUGCUUAUCAGAGCGGCAGCCAGUCGGCCCGUCAAUACGUGCACUCGCCCGGCACACACCUGCCCAAGCAGCCGCAGUACUCGGCUAGCAAUUUGCAGGGAAUGGAGGCUGCUGGCAACGUGUCGCGCAGCGGUAAGGCACUCACCGCACGCCAUCACACCCCGUCCAGCUAUGGCUUCGAGGGUGAGCAGAUGUAUGGUCAGGCCAAGGGUCAAUUGGCGCCCCCAAUGCCGCCACCACCCUACGCCCUGGGUCGCUGGAGCAGCACACGCCUCUUCAAGUUCGAGAACAACUCACCGCCGCCAUUUCCCGGCUCUGGCCCCAUGGCCAUGUCGAAUGGCACCAUACAGUUGCGCCUGCGCGAUGGAGUGCGCAUUGACAUGACUCUGGACAAGGCGGUGCGCGUGCUCAAUCAGCGCAGCAUGGUGGCAGUUGCUUUAUCGCGCAACACCAGCAACUCGGCCAUGAUCCAUCCGAACGGACGCAUCUUGCAGAGCGGCUCCAAGGUCGAAAUUGUCACCUACGACGGCAUGAAGGGCAACAAUUUUGUUCGCUAUGCCAAGAUGUGGUACAAGGGUGUGAGCUUCACCAGCGAGUCGUGUGCGCUCAUCUACAUGGUGGACACGGCCGGUACGCGCACCACAACCGACACUUUCACCGAUCUGACCAAGGACUACACACUGGCAGUGUUCUAUGACGACUCUCGCCAUGGUCCCUCUUAUGUGGCUGAAGCCCACGAAGUGAUUGCCAAUGCGUCUUACAGCUAUGCCGAGGAUGGCACCGAGAUCUAUGACAUCAACGGAUUUCGCAUCACCCAGGCAGCCGAUGGCCUGGUGAAGGUCACACGCGUCUACAACAAGUGCCUGAUCCGCACCAGUCCUGGCAAUGGAUCGGCCACUUUGACCACACCGGGCAUCCAUUGCACCGCCUCUCUGGGCAAGACUUCGCAUCUGUUUGUGCGUCGCAACGAGAAGCGCAUGCACUUUGAUGGUUCCUGUUUCAUUGUGCGCAACGCUGGCCACUCCGCUGGCUUCAAUGAGAACAAUUUGCUCAUUGUCUACUGAGGAACAUGCACUCACACAACACACACAACACACAACACACACACACACACACACACACAGAUCUAAAGCAGCACAUUUGAGGGACCUUGACGUGGAGAGGGAUUCAGUUAGCAACGAGGCCCCAACUUUAGGAUAAACAAAAAGGAAUCGCAAGUGCAUUUCGGAUAAAUAAGUUAGUGAAAACAGUCUGGGUGCCAAUUCGCUCGACCUCAACCCCAACAACACAUAGGAAGUGCGUUAAUUAAUUGUGUUAGCUAUAGUUUCAUGCAUAGAUAUAGAGAUUAAUCCGUAGAGCAAAAGGAUAACCCAGUCAGGCCAAAGCCAAAACCAAAACCCCGCAGCAAAAUAUCAUUUCGUUUGCAGGUGCUCUGAAAUGUUUUUAGCUCUAAAUUAACAUAGAAAAAACACACACAAAACACACAGAUUUAGCAACGUGUUUUCUGUUUGUCAACAAUUAGAGAGAAAAGUUCUCUGCGGCGUUACGUUGAGGCAAACGUAACGCCCGUGUCGUCGUUUCAUUAUUUCUCAUUUUAGAGCUUGGCAGCUGUUAGCAAUCCAAUCCCAAGCAUGUUCAUCCGCAGCCGUACCACACACACCACACACAAUUGAAAGAAUCAGAAAAACACAGAGAAAGAUAGGAAUAGAUGCACAAAGUGAGCGUCCCAUUUGUAAAUUAGUCUGUGCGACACACAACUCCUGCUGUCUUGAGG